AUGAUUACUAUUGAUCUAUUCAACUUGAUUGUCUUUCAUUUUGAUCUUAUAUUGAGUUGUUUAGAUUUACUUAAGUUUUCGGGUGAUGAUGAUGUUUUGGAUGAUGAUGCCUUGGAUGGUGGUGAUGCUUUGGAUGAUGAUGAUGCCUUGGAUGAUGAUGAUGAUGAUGUUUUGGAUGAUGUUGAUGCUUUGGAUGAUGAUGAUGCCUUGGAUGAUGAUGAUGAUGUUUUGGAUGAUGUUGAUGCUUUGGAUGAUGAUGAUGCCUUGGAUGAUGAUGUUGAUGCUUUGGAUGAUGAUGAUGCCUUGGAUGAUGAUGAUAAUGCUCUGGAUGAUGAUGAUGUAAAUUAA